GGAGAACCAUGCCGAGCCGCAGAUAACCAUGUCCGCACGUUACUUUCUCGUGCAAAGAGCAUGACGAGCAUUCCGACAUAAACAUCGGACCCAAUUGGGUCCAAUAAGGUGGGACCCUAAACACGGCAUUUUCUCUUUCCUCCUCCUCUGUUUCAGAUCUAAACUUCGGACAACCUCCUUUCUCCCUGGAAUUCUCCCUGUGAUCCAUUAGGAGAGAGAACAAGACCCAUAUAUGUAACAACCGAUAAACCUCCUUUCUCUCUUCUCUCCCCCAUGUGACCCGAGAGAGAGAGAGAGAGAGAGAGAGAGAGAGAAAGAGAGAGAGAGAGAGAAGACCCAUAUAUAAUACAUUGGUGCUGUUCAAUUCUAUCUGUGAAUUUAUACAAAUAGGUAGGUGUAGGUGUAGAUAUAGAUAUAGAUAGAUAAGGGGGAGAGAUGGGUCUGGUGGAAAAUGGGAAAAGUGGUCACAGCAAAUAUGAGAAGAUGGAUUCUGAUUUUGUGGAGGGAGAAAAUCUUCAACCAGCAGAAAAGACCAACAACAAAAGCACCAAAAAAUGUUGGUGUUAUGAGUGGAGCUAUCAUAUUUAUCCAGGAGGAUUUACACAUAACCGAGGUUCAAGAAGAAGUCCUUGUAGGAAUUCUUAGCAUAAUCUCAUUGUUGGGGAGUUUAGCCGGGGGUAAAACAUCCGACGCCAUAGGUAGAAAAUGGACUAUGGGAUUUGCAGCCGCUGUGUUCCAAACUGGUGCCGCUAUAAUGGCUCUUGCUCCUUCUUUCACCAUAUUGAUGGUAGGCCGUUUACUAGCGGGCAUUGGUAUAGGUUUUGGAGUCAUGAUUGCACCGGUAUACAUUGCUGAAAUCUCACCUUCCAUUGACAGAGGAGCACUAACUUCCUUCCCGGAGAUUUUUAUAAACCUCGGAAUCCUCCUUGGUUACGUCUCAAAUUAUGUUUUUUCAGGACUUCCUGUGCAUAUAAACUGGCGUGUAAUGCUUGGUGUUGGAAUCCUCCCAUCGGUGUUCAUCAUUUUUGCACUGAUUAUCAUCCCUGAAUCCCCGCGGUGGUUGGUAAUGCAGAACCGGAUUGUAGAAGCAAAAUCUGUUUUGUUAAAGACAAUCGAUAGUGAAAGAGAAGUGGAGGAGAGGCUAGCAGAAAUUCAACUAGCCGCCGGUCAUUCAAAUGCCGAGAAGUACGAAGAAAGAGCUGUUUGGCAGGAGUUGUUGAAUCCCUCUCCCGCAGUUAAACGGAUGCUUAUCACGGGAUGCGGAAUCCAGUGUUUUCAACAGAUCACAGGGAUCGAUGCAACUGUUUAUUACAGCCCCACAAUCUUCAGAGAUGCUGGGAUCAAGGGUAACUCGGAGCUUCUCGGGGCAACCAUUGGUGUCGGAUGUACGAAAACUAUGUUCAUUUUGGUGGCUAUUUUUCUAAUAGACAGAGUUGGUAGAAAGCCAUUGCUCUAUGUGAGCACAAUUGGGAUGACUACUUGUUUGUUUGGUCUAGGACUUACUCUAUCCUUUAUGGGGAAUGGUCCGGUUGGCGUAAAACUAGCGAUUUUCUGGGUAUGUGGGAAUGUUGCGUUCUUCUCAGUGGGCCUAGGCCCAAUUUGUUGGGUUUUGACGUCGGAAAUCUUCCCCCUCCGCCUCAGAGCCCAAGCCUCGGCUCUUGGAGCAGUUGGGAGUAGGGUGAGUAGUGGCCUCAUCGCAAUGACUUUCCUUUCUGUCUCUCGUGCAAUUACAGUUGGAGGAACCUUCUUUGUCUUCGCAGCGAUUUCAUCUCUCACUGUUGUUUUUGUUUACAAGUGUGUUCCGGAAACAAAAGGAAAGUCUUUAGAGCAAAUCGAAACAAUGUUUCAGAGUGAUGGACAGUGGCGAGGAGGUGAACUAGAGCUUGGAGAUGCAGAGAACCUUGUGCAGAAGCAAUGACUAAGUGGAGAUCUGUGUUUGGUACCUUCAAUUGGAAUGGCUUGUGAUUCUAAACUUGUCCACAACAGUUGAAGUGAGAAUUACGAAGUUCUUAAGCAACCUGCCAAACAAUACCUAGUUCAGAUUCUGUCCCGACGAUGCAGGCUUCCCCAUGAAAAAAACCAUUGAUUUUAGGGUUAAAGAAACCAAAAAAACAAGGGGGCAAAUUAUGUUUCUGUUAUCCCAUUACCUAUUUUCUUUUUUGGUCCUUACACGUACUAAGAACAUGUCCUGAUAUGUAAAGUUGCAGAUUUUUCGUUCUUCUAAUGUGUACAAUUUGUGAACUUGGGUUGCAGAAUUGAGCCCUAGAACAGUUUUUUUAUUUAUUUAUAAUUGUCACCUUUGUUUA